CGAAGAGAGAGAGAGAGGAGGAGGUGGAGAGAGGAGCACAGACUCUAACCGGCGUCCCUCUCUCAGCGGCACACCGGGGAGAGCAGUGUGGUGGUCUCGGGGACCUCGCGUGGCUCCGGUGGGUCGCUCUCCCUCCCUGCGUCCCGGUGUCGGGUGUAACGUCUCCGUGCACCGUGCACCGUCCCCCUCCUCCUCCUCCUCCUCCGCCUCCACAUUAUAUAUAACCGACAAGAAAACUGGAUGGGACGCACCACCACGCACACACACACGCACGCACGCAUGGGCAAUCCCGGAAAUAACAUGCGUACUCUCAGCCUGUCACGUACGCUCACGGAGGAUUUGCAUCGCUGCAGACGCACGUAGCAUCCAGAUGUUAAGAAGCUGGACACAAAUAAACAUCCAGCUGCUCCAGAGGUUUGGAUGAGACGAAGUGAGGAACAAGUGGGUUUGGACUCGGACAUGAAACUUCUCGUCUCCGCUGUGUGGCUCCGCUGCUCAGCCAGAAAAUGAGGCGAGGACGUGAGCUACGUGCGCACCGAGCACAUGACGAGAUGAAAUGGAGAGCUUGGGACACAGGGACCUUUUAAACCCGAGCUCCUCCCGCGGAUCCGUCGCAGCCUCAGCCCCGCAGCAGCAGCAGCAGCAGCAGCAGGGGGGGACGAGCGGCCGAGCACCGGUAGAGAUCCACCGCGCGUACCGGGCGGACAUGGGGCUGAAAGGCUUCUGCGCGCCGGCGGCCGGGAGCCCCACCGCCGCGGAGCUCCUCGCGGGUCUGGCCUCUCAGACCGACUCACCUGGGAUCACCGCGCCGACGAAGAAGUGCAAGACCGGCGUGCCGCUCUACAACGCCGGGUUGGUGUCUCCCUCCGCCACCGUGGAGGGCAGCCACGCAGGCGUCACUGCGCACACGCCCAGCGGUUACCCGCCGCAGAUGAAGGGGGUUGCGGGUGUAACUGGUGACCUCGUUUACCCCUUCACCAGCAGGGCCUUUCGGGGGGAGAACGGGGACCGGACUGGUCAUGAGAAGUGCCCUUUAGCGAUGAGGAGGAUGAAGGGUGACCUGAAAGUCAGACAGGUGCCCCCACAGAAACGGAGGGGUGGAGAGAACCGGGACAUGGAGACUCUUAAUGGGCUGGUGGUGGGGUCACCGGGGUCAGGGGGCUCUGUGAGUCCUGCAUUUGCCCCCAGAGACAUAAAGAGGAGAUGGUUGGCCGAGGGAAGCGUGGCCCACAAAUCUCCAGAGAACCCCAGGGUGGCACGAGCAGUCGCCCCACUCACAGCCACCUUCAACUGCAGCAACAGUUCCCAUUGCAACCAAAUGACUAUCAGUUGUGUGCACUGUGUCCCCCCCCAGUCUCCCUUCACCCCUCCUUCCCUUCACACUAACCAGCACAAUGGACUCAAGGUGGCCUCCUUGGGCUCGCCAUCUGCAUCCAGCCAGACCUCAUCCGUGGAGGCCAAUUGCAUCCCGACCACCCCACCUCCCACAGGGGCCGGCUGGUCGGCUGAGCGCAUCGCCCAGCAGUACAUCGUCCCCUGCAUGAAAUACUACGGCAUCUGCGUGAAGGACAACUUUCUGGGCCUUCAGCUGGGCGACAGGGUCCUGGAGGAAGUGGAUGUCCUAAACCACAGCGGGAAAUUUCAGGGCGGGCAGCUGGUGAGCCAGAGGAGCAUCCCCUCAGGGAACAUCCGGGGCGACCAGAUCGCCUGGGUGGAGGGACAGGAGCCCGGCUGCAAGAGCAUCACGGCGCUGAUGGCUCACAUUGAUGAGGCCGUCAUGUACAGCGCAGCCAAUGGACAGCUGGGCGACUGUGUCAUCAAUGGACGCACCAAGGCCAUGGUUGCCUGUUACCCGGGUAACGGGGCAGGGUAUGUCCGCCAUGUUGACAAUCCUAACGGUGACGGUCGCUGCAUCACAUGUAUCUACUACCUUAACAAGAACUGGGAUGUGAAGAAACAAGGAGGGUUGUUGCAGAUCUACCCUGAAGGUAAAAAUGUGGUCGCCAACAUCGAACCUCUGUUUGACCGACUGCUCAUCUUCUGGUCCGACCGCAGGAACCCGCAUGAAGUCAAGCCAGCCUACGCCACUCGCUAUGCCAUCACAGUCUGGUACUUUGAUGCCAAAGAGAGAGCAGAGGCUAAAGAGAAAUACUUAUUGGCAACGGGACAGAAAGGUGUUCAAGUGCCUGUCACUCAAAACAACAGGACAUAGACAUCUGUUUGGUGGAGAGCACUCUGAAAUGUUACGUGCCUUCCAAAACGGCUGAUGGACGUUGUGAUGGUAAAAGGGAGACGCUGUUAAACUGUCAGUCAGCUCUGCAGCUCCACGCCACUCUUAACAACGUCAGCUCUCAGAUCCACAUCACGCGCUGGGAUGUCCUGAUUUCCUGCCAUUUGAUUGGCCUGCUGCUGAUCAAAGAUAUGGCAGAUACAGAGCACAACGCACUGGAUUGAAUUGUGUCAAAGGUGAAUGACUCAUCGUCAUAACUGGCUCAGUCUCACUGAAUCAUCCAUGAAGACAACAAACUGAAAAAAAAACGGACUCCUUAAUUUCAUUUCGUUGGGGUUUUGCCUGUUCAGUUAUCAGCAAUGUUGUGACUUGUUGAGAAAUUAUAGUUUUACUCUGCUCUGGUGUCAGUUUCAAUUCAAACACAAGAUGCAUAAAUGAUCCAUCAGAGGACGCUGUGGGGAUAAGGGGGUGAAAGGAGUAGAAAUCAAUGAAGUUGUAUGUGAAAGACUUAUUUCCCCCUUGACUGUGAUUUGGUCCCCUUGUCUCAUGAUGUGGGACAGUGUGUGAGUGUUUGUGUGUGUGUGUGUGUGUGCGCGUGUGUGCGUGCGUGCGUGCGUGCGUGUGUGUGUGUCUGGGUGGGUGUGUGGUCAGUGUAAAGACAGAGACACAGAAAGGAAGUCACCCACAAAGCAUCAAAUCAUUCUCAUGAGCGCCACCAUGAUGUACAGUGGUGCUCGUUCAAUCAGUCCUAGCUCAAGCACGAAUCCUGAACAUUUCAGGGACUUACUCACAGUUUUAUAAUCAGCAUGAGUAUAACUUUACACUUAAAUUGUACUCUGUAUAGCACAGCAACUAUAUUCCAUGCUUUGUUUCAGGUCUUUAUUACAACAUCUGUUUGAAAAUAUAAAAAAAAACUUUUGCAUCAGUGUCAAAAUGUGCCACUAAAACCCUGAGAAUAAAGCAUGAAAGUUUGAGUGGUGGCAACAACUUUACGACUGAACCUUAACUACACAAAGGCAACAUCCACACUACUAUGUUUUACUAUAAGCUGCUAAAACAAAACGUCCGGAAACGCAGCUGGCCCCGUUUUAGUUUGAAAACUCCGGUGCUGCGUUUUAGUCUGGACAGGCGGGCAUGGGCAUGUUUGGAAAUUAUGGCGUAGACACUCACAGCCGCCUGCUGAUUGGGUGUUUCUGGUCACGACAUAGCCUUCACUGAUUUGUCACAUCACCCCCUUCUAGAAUAAAACAAUCUGCAUUAGCCUCCAGUGGAGAACGCAAUAUGGAUAAUCAAUUACGAGCGUUGCUGACCCUGUUAUCUUUGCUAACAACUGCUGCACAAUUAAAGUCUGCGUUUUCCAAUGAUGCAUAACGUGUGAAGGAGAUGAGCUAUUAUUCGAGCAAUCUGCAGCACACAUUCAUGCUCAAUGUACGCGAGUGGUCAUGUGAUGCGCGUGUUAUUAUGGACGGGGAUGAAAAUCGAUACGGAGCCAAAACGCUCUUUCGGACCGAGUUUGUUUUAGAUUGAAGAAAAUGUAGUAAUAUGGAUGUAGCCAAAGCUUUUCUACAUCCUUGGUGUGUAGCGCUUCCUGUUUGCCUGAAACACACGUCUCACACUCGAGACAAGAGGCGAGCUGACCAUCGGCAGGGGUCAAAACAGGGUUUGAUGAGUGUGUGUGGGCAUGUUUGUGUGUAUACGCCUGUACGGAGAUUAAGCUCGGCUCUCUCCAGCUCUUAACAUGAUGGAAACUGUGUGUAUCACCAGUCAAAACCCAGACAGGAUGGUUAACAACAGGUCGUUUUUUAAAAAAGGAACAAAAAUUACAACAUUCUACUAAACAGUACUUAUCAGAGUGACAACCUCAAUCAACCUUUACACUUCUAAAGCACAGAGUUAAGCAUGUAUGUGAACUGCAGGGUUGAAACAGUUUCCUGCACAUGUGUGGGAUUGAGUAUUUGUGUAUAAACGUGUACUUGCACAUGUAUGUGACAAAUUCCACUGUCUUGAAGAGGGUCGCAGGUAUUGACUCAGUGUAUGUUUGAUUGGUUAGAGAGAAGGUUAUCUUUAAAAAAAAAAAAAAAAGCACUUUAUUGUUUGCAAUGCCAUGUGUGAAUGAUAGAAAAAAAUAUAUAUAACUUAAAUGUAGAUUAAUGCCUUUUAUGCUGUGGAUAAUAAGGUCAUUCAAAUGCAAUAGAAACUAAAACAAUGAGAACAAAUGGAAAUUGUUUGCAUAUUUUUUUUUUGUUGAUUUGGAGUAUUUAAUUAAAGCUGAAUGUUUUUGUA